ACGAAGACCAAGAUGGCUGAAAGUGCAGAAGAGAGUGAUCUUUUGCGAAUAACUCCAUUGGGUGCUGGUCAAGAAGUUGGAAGAUCAUGCCAUAUUCUAGAGUUUAAAGGGAAAAAAGUCAUGUUGGAUUUUGGUAUCCAUCCUGGUUACAAUGGUCUCGACAGUUUACCAUUUGUAGAUGAAAUUGAUGCAGAAGAAAUUGAUCUUUUGCUUAUAAGUCACUUCCAUUUAGACCACUGUGGUGGUUUGCCAUGGUUCCUUGAAAAGACAACAUUUAAUGGACGUGUUUUUAUGACUCACCCAACCAAGGCCAUAUACAGAUGGCUUUUGUCAGAUUUUGUGAAAGUCAGCAAUAUGACAGCAGAUCAAAUGUUGUUCACAGAGAAAGAUUUGGAAAAGAGCAUGGAUAAAAUUGAGACUGUACAUUUUCAUGAGGAGAAAGAAGUGAAUGGUGUAAAGUUUUGGUGUUAUCAUGCUGGACAUGUGUUAGGAGCAGCUAUGUUUAUGAUUGAAAUUGCAGGGGUGAAGAUUUUAUACACCGGUGAUUUUUCCCGCGAGGAAGACAGACAUUUGAUGGCUGCUGAAAUACCAAAUGUUACUCCUGAUAUACUUAUCACUGAAUCCACAUAUGGUACUCAUGUUCAUGAACCCAGAGGUGAUCGGGAAACACGUUUUACAAACACUGUUCAUGAUAUUGUUAACCGUGGUGGUCGUUGCUUGAUUCCUGUUUUUGCACUUGGCCGUGCGCAGGAAUUGUUGUUGAUAUUAGAUGAGUACUGGCAAAAUCAUCCUGAAUUGCAUGACAUUCCUAUCUAUUACGCAUCUUCCCUUGCAAAGAAAUGCAUGUCGGUCUACCAAACAUACAUUGAAGCGAUGAAUGAAAGAAUACGAAAACAGAUUUCUAUAUCUAAUCCAUUUGUCUUCAAGCAUAUCUCCAACCUAAAGAAUAUGGAGCAGUUUGAUGAUAUUGGUCCAUCCGUAGUGAUGGCAAGCCCUGGAAUGAUGCAGAGUGGUUUGUCUCGCGAGUUGUUUGAACUUUGGUGCACUGAUCGUCGAAAUGGAGUGGUUAUAGCCGGUUAUUGCGUUGAAGGGACCUUGGCUAAAAGUUUGAUGACAGAACCAGAAGAAGUGCCUACAAUGGCAGGGCAAAAGUUGCCAAGAAAAUGUUCUGUUGACUAUAUAUCGUUUUCAGCGCAUACAGAUUAUGAGCAGACAAGCGAAUUUAUCAGAAUAUUGGAACCGCCCCACAUCGUUCUCGUGCAUGGCGAGCACAACGAAAUGGGACGUUUAAAGGCUGCUAUUAUUCGCGAGUAUGAGGACAAGGGUACCCAUGUAGAUGUUUAUAAUCCUGCAAAUUGUCAAAGCGUAGAGUUGUAUUUCAGAGGAGAAAAAAUGGCGAAGGUGAUGGGAUCGUUAGCCUCAGAGCCUCCAUCACAUGGAAAAAAGAUCUCUGGUCUCUUGAUCAAACGUGGUUUUAAUAAUUAUCAUUUAAUCGCUCCUGAUGAUCUCCAUAAUUAUACAGAUCUUGCUACCAGUUUAGUUACUCAGAGGCAAAUCAUUGCAUAUCAUGGUCCUUUUUCUCUACUAUAUCACUGUCUUAUGCAGUUGACCAACGAUAUAGAGUUGUUCGAACAACCGGAAAAUUCUACUCUGAAAGUUUUUAAUGCUGUUACUGUAACACAAGGAAAAAACUGCGUAAUAGUUGAGUGGAUUGCCAACGCUGUUAACGACAUGUACGCGGAUGCUAUUUUGACCGUCAUACUGCAAGUCGACUCAAAUCCGACCGCUGUUCAAAUGAGCAGUCAAAAAAAAGGUGACACUGGAAUCUUCAAACAAAGAUUGGUAAAAUUACUAAAAGAAAUGUUUGGACAUGACAACGUCACAGCGAGAGCUGAGCAGAUCUCUGUAAGACUCGAUGAAAAAAGUGCUUUAAUCAACACUAACACAAAGGAGAUAAAAUGUGACGAUGAUUUUACACGUGAUAAUAUUCAAGCGAUGGUAAAUAGGUUAUCCCGAGUCUGCGGAACAUGAUGCAAGAUCAGUUUGAUGUACGUAUGUCAAGAUAAACUAGAGUUUGGUGUGGAAAAUUCGUGAUAGUGAAGAAGUAUUGACUUCUGUAGAGGAGAAUGUAUUUCAUCGAUAGAGCUAUGUUAAAAAUUUCUUCAUACAGUUUAUGCUUUAGAUCGUGUUUUUUCAAUAGUUGGUUUCCAUUACAUUUUUGUAAAAAAAAUUACUUUACAUCAAGUUUCUUGUCAAUUUCAAGAGUAGAUGUGCUGAAACGGUUUUUCCUUACAAAACAAACCAGAACAUCAUAAAUCCAGGGUGUUGAUAGUGAGGACAGUGCACUUAUGUUGUUUGUACAGCAGCGUUUGAACGAGUGCCGGUAUUAUUUGAAUCUUUCACAUUAUAUAGACUAUUCAUAGCGAAGCCAUGUUUGAUAUGAAGAUCUAUUGCCUCACCGACGAUCGUCUCACAUCUGUCUUGAGGAAUCUAGAUAGAGGUUGAGAAAAAAUACAGAUUUAUCUAUAUAUCUAAAUGUAUAUUGUGACUAUAUAUUGCAUACCUGAGAAAGAAAAUGUAAAACAUUUUCUGAUGA